AUGGCUGGACAACUUAAUGGCCAUUUUUUUAUGUGUACAGAAACUUCACCACGUUGUUUUGUCAUUCAAAAAUUGGAUGCUUCAACAAUAACUCAAAAAACUCUGUCAAACGUGGCUAAGAAUCUUCCACAAAAUAAUGGAAAUGAUCAAUAUCAAGUCGAUCCUUCUAAUCCACCAUUUCCAAAUCUUCCAUAUUGGUUUAAUGAUGAAAUUGAAAGAAAUUUAAUUCAAAUAUCUGAAGGUUUACCACCAUCAUCAAAUUAUAAUAGUAAUAACAAUAAUAAUAAUAAUAAUCAACAAUCAAAUGAUAAUCGAAAAAUUUCCUCUAUACCAAACAUUCAAAUUACUGAGGAUAACAAUGAAAACAUAAAAUUAAAUUCAGAAAAUAAAAAGUCACUUGAAAUAGAUAAAAAAAUUACUGACCAAAAGUCAGAAACCAAUAUAACAGAAGAUGACAAGGAUAAAGAACUUGAAGAAAAACUUAGAAUUCAAUUAGAGUAUUACUUUAGUAGAGAAAAUUUAGCAACAGACAAAUAUUUAAAAGGACAAAUGGAUAGUGAAGGAUAUGUUCCUAUAAAAAUAAUUGCUAAUUUUCGUAAAGUUUCUGCAUUAACCAAUGAUAUUGAUUUAAUUGUAAAAGUUCUUAAAGAUUCAAAUAUGUUACAAGUUGAUAAAAAUUGUGAAAAAGUUAGAGUUGGAGCAAAAAGGAGUACACUAAUUUUAAGAGAAAUUACAGAAAAUAAUGGAGAGGAUAUGGUUAAAGAGUUACUUAAAGGUGGACCAGAAUGGAAAAGAAUUUGUUAUGCAUCAAAUAACAGCUGGUAUGUUACAUAUGAUGAUGAUGAAAGUUGUGGUAAAGCUUGUCUAGUGAUACAAGAACAAGCUAAAAGACUUGGUAAAGAUAUAUCAGUUAGAAUAAAAACUGGUGGUGUACCAAUACAUCAUGAAAAUCAUCAUUCCUCAUCUUCAAAUGUCUCGACAACUGCCUCUGGUAAUAUAACUACAAAUAACAAUACUUUUGUUAAUGGAAAUAUAAAUAGUUAUCUUAAUCCACUUUCUAUUAUACCAUAUUCAGAUAAUUUUUUAAUUCCCAGUCAAUGUCAAAAUUAUUCACCAAUUGGGAAAAACAAUUAUGAAGGUAUGAAUUUUAUUAAUAAAAAUUACUGUAAACCAUCCAUUAAUAAUGGAUAUAAUUGUGGUAAUAAAUCUAAUAUUAAUACCAAUUUUGGUCUUAGAGGUUCAAAUUCACCAAGACGAUUAUCACCAUUACAAAAAAAUAACUAUGGUAAAAAACAUAAUCUAUUUUCUCCAUCCAAACAAAUAGAGAAAAUGGAUUUAGGACCAAUUUUGACUUUAUCUGGUUUUUAUCCUACAGCUGCAUAUAAACCAAGUACAGAGGGACUUCGUGAAAUUCCAUUACCACCUAAUCCUAAUAUUUUUAUGAAUUCAGGACAACAUUAUAGAAAUAACAAAAAUUCUAUUAAUAUAGUACAAUCUGGUGGACAUAAUAUAACAAAUAAUAAUAGAAAAACACUUACAAAUGAGAAUGGUUAUGGUAAACGUACUGGUACCUAUAAAGGAUCUCAACAUUACAAUUAUAAUAAUCAAUUAUCAGAAAAUACUAAAAAUAAUAUAGGAAAUUUUCAAAGUUUUGUUAAACAUAAUAACAAUACAAAUUUUAAUAAUUCAAAUAUACAUCAACAAAAUAAUUUUAAUUCAUCAGAUAACAAAAAUAAUCAUCAAUUUAGUUAUAAUAAUAACAAAAGUAACAAUUCAUUUAAUGAUAAAAAUUAUAGAAAUUAUGGAAAAGUAACACUAUAUAACAAUGGUUUUCGUGGUAUAUCUACAAAUACUGUACCUAAUUAUAAAGGAAAAGGAAAUAAUUUUAAUUCUGGAAAUGAAAGUUAUAAAAAAUAUAAUAAUAAUUAUGAAAAAAGUUCUUCUAAUAAAAAUAAAAAAGAAGUAACAUUAGAUUUAAAUAAUGAAAAAAAUGAUGAAAUACCUAAAAAGGUACAAACACAAAAAAAUGAUGAAGAUAAUAAUAAAGUAUUUUGGAGAAUUAAAGAUUCUAAUGAUAAAACAAAAGACCUUCCAAAUAAAUUUAAUUCUGAUUUUAAAAAGAAAUCGAGAAAUUUAAUGAAUUCUGGGAAAUCAUCCAAUGAUGUUGAUAUUUUUAAAAUACCUGAAGAAGGAACUAAAACAUUUGCAUUUGAAGGAACUAAAAAUAGUGAAAAUAUUUCACCAAAUACCAAUGAUAAAGUUAAGGGAGCAUUAAGUGAAUUGAUUAAAAAUAAUGAAGAUAAUAUAACAUCAAAACCACCAACACCAAAGCCCAUACCAAAGUACAAUUUUAAUGAGGGUGAAUUUCCAGUAUUAUGUGAGGUAACUGAAAAAUUGGUUUCAUCUUCUUUAAAUAAUAAAAAUCAAAAAAAAGUUAACACGCCUAAUAGUAUUACUGUACAAUUUAGUGAUAUUGCUUCUGGUAAAAGUAAAAUUUCUUCUAGUCCAGAUGAAAAUAUUGAUGAAGGAAAAAAUACUGUUAACAGAAAAAGUUAUGCUGAAACAUUGCUUGUAGAUAAGAAUUAG